UUAGGAUUUAUUCCUGGCUCUGGUGCUCAGCUUUUUCUGCAUCUGCUGCAAGAGCACCUAGACUUGCCAUAGAUCAAGUUACCAACUGCUUUCAUUGUGAUUAUUUAUUCCCAGAGGCUGUUUGAGACACUCUAUGAAGUUAUGUGGAAAUGAGAGAGAUUCAUGAAACCCCUUCGCCAGGAGAGAAUGUCUUUCAUGAAUGGAGCUUUGCUUCUGGUUUUCACAGGACAUUGACAUUGCAGUGGAGCCAUGGCUGCCCUGCCUGUUAUUUUCAGUAAUUCACAGAACAUCUGAGCAGAGAUGCUUGCCUUGGAUUUACAGAUUUUCAUCCCGAUACCUUGCUUACUUCUUUGGGGCAGAAAAGCUUGCACUAAUUGCUCUCCAUGGUGGCUAAUCUUUUCAAGAGCCUGAUUUUACCUUACAUACAUAAGCUUUGCAAAGGAAUGUUUACAAAGAAAUUGGGAAAUACAACCAAAAAAAAAGAGAAUCAUCAGCAGAAAAAGGAUCAAGACUUUCCUACUGCUGGCCAGACCAAAACCCCCAAAUUUUCUAAUACCUUAAAAAGCACUGUAAAGAAGAUUGCAAAGUGUUCAACUACUCGCAACUUAUCCACUGAAGAGGAGGAGGCUAAUAAAGAGUUUUCCCUUUCUCCAACAUUCAGUUACCGAGUAGCUAUUGCCAAUGGCCUACAAAAGAAUAUUAAUGUAACCAGCAGUGAUAAUGAGGAUCGGCUUCAAGAGUUAUCUUCAAUUGAGAGUUCCUAUUCAGAAUCACUCAAUGAACUAAGGAGUAGUACAGAAAACCAGGCACAAUCAACACACACAAUGCCAGUUAGACGUAACAGAAAGAGUUCAAGCAGUCUGGCCCCCUCUGAGGGCAGCUCUGAUGGAGAACGCACUCUACAUAGCUUGAAACUAGGAGCGUUACGCAAACUGAGAAAAUGGAAAAAGAGUCAGGAGUGUGUCUCAUCAGAUUCAGAGUUGAGCACAAUGAAGAAAACCUGGGGAAUAAGAAGUAAAUCUUUGGACAGAACUGCACGAAACCCAAAGACAAAUGCCCUGGAGCCAGGAUUCAGUUCCUCUGGGUGCAUUAGCCAAACACAUGAUGUCAUGGAAAUGAUCUUUAAGGAACUUCAGGGUAUAAGUCAGAUUGAAACGGAACUUUCUGAACUACGAGGGCAUGUCAAUGCCCUCAAGCAUUCCAUCGAUGAGAUCUCCAGCAGUGUAGAGGUUGUACAGAGUGAAAUUGAACAGCUACGCACAGGGUUUGUCCAGUCGCGAAGGGAAACCAGAGACAUCCAUGAUUAUAUUAAACACUUAGGUCAUGUGGGUAGUAAGGCAAGCCUGAGAUUUCUAAAUGUGCCUGAAGAAAGAUUUGAAUAUGUUGAAAGUGUGGUAUACCAAAUUCUAAUAGAUAAGAUGGGUUUCUCAGAUGCACCAAAUGCUAUUAAAAUUGAAUUUGCUCAAAGGAUAGGGCACCAGAGGGACUGCCCAAAUGCAAAGCCUCGACCCAUACUUGUAUACUUUGAAACCCCUCAGCAAAGGGAUUCUGUCUUAAAAAAAUCCUACAAACUCAAAGGAACAGGAAUUGGAAUCUCAACAGAUAUUCUUACUCAUGACAUAAGAGAAAGAAAAGAGAGAGGGAUACCGUCCUCCCAGACAUAUGAGAGCAUGGAUAUAAAGCUGUCUACUCCAGAGCCCAAAACCAAGAACAAUUGGCAGUCACCUGAUGACAGUGAUGGAGAGCUGAAAUCUGACCUCAAUAGAAACAGUUAUGCUGUGUUUUCCAAGUCAGAGUUUCCAACAAAAGGAAGUACUUCCAAGUCAAGUUCAAAAUCACACAAUGCUAGAGCCAAGAAUAAAACUGCUAGUAGCAGCAGAAUUUCAAAUAAAUCCGAUUAUGAUAAAAUUUCCUCACAAUUGCCAGAAUCAGAUAAUUUGGAAAAACAAACUACAACCCAUUAUGCAGAUGCUACACCCCUCUGGCAUUCACAGAAUGAUUUUUUCACUGGUAAACUUAGUCGUUCUGAAUCAGAUUUUUCCAAAUUGUGUCAGUCUUACUCAGAGGAUUUUUCAGAAAAUCAGUUUUUCACUAGAACUAAUGGAAGCUCCCUCCUGUCAUCUUCAGACCGGGAACUUUGGCAGAGGAAACAGGAGGGCACACCCACCUUGUAUGACAGUCUGCAGGAUCAACAUUCGAAUGGGGCUGUUCAGGGUGUCCAAGGGCAGAGCGAAAUUGAGAACACAGAAACUGUGGAUAGCGGAAUGAGUAAUGGCAUGGCGUGUGCAUCGGGAGACCAAAGUCAUUACAGUGAGUCUCAGCUCUCUUUACAUGAGGAUCUUUCUCCAUGGAAGGAAUGGAGUCAAGUAGAGCAAGGAGCUGACUUAGGGUUAGAUUCAUCCACCCAGGAAGCUUUUGACUAUGACACAAACAGUCUACCUGAUCAACAACUAGAUAUUUACAAUAAAGACCUAGAAGACUUGGGAAAGUGCCCUAGUGACCUUCAGGAUGACUCUGAGAGCUAUGAUUUCACGCAAGAUGACAACUCAUCUCCAUGCCCUGGGUUGGAUAAUGAACCACAAGGCCAGUGGGUUGGCCAAUAUGAUUCUUAUCAGGAAGCUAAUUCUAAUGAGCUGUACCAAAAUCAAAACCAAUUGCCCAGGAUGUAUCGAAGUCAAAGUGAAUUGCAAAGUGAUGACUCAGAGGAUGCCCCACCCAAAUCUUGGCAUAGUCGAUUAAGCAUUGACCUUUCUGAUAAGGCUUUUAGCUUCCCCAAAUUUGGAUCUACAUUACAGAGGGCUAAAUCAGCCUUGGAAGUGGUAUGGAACAAAAGCACACAGAGUCUCAGUGGGUAUGAAGACAGCGGCUCUUCCUUAAUGGGGAGAUUUCGGACAUUAUCCCAAUCAACUGCAAAUGAAUCAAGUACCACCCUUGACUCUGAUGUCUACACAGAGCCUUUUUACUACAAAGCAGAGGAUGAGGAGGACUAUAGUGAGCCAGUGGCUGAUAAUGAGACAGAUUAUGUUGAAGUGAUGGAACAAGUCCUUGCUAAGCUAGAAAACAGAACGAGUAUGACGGAAACAGAUGAACAAAUGCAGGUAUAUGAUCACCCUUCAUAUGAAACACCCUAUGAAACCCCACAAGAUGAGGGUUAUGAUGGGCAGGCAGAUGAUGUGGUUCGUGAAGGGGGAUUGGAACCAUUAAAUGAAAUACCAGCUGAAAUGGAAAUAAGAGAAGAUGAAAACCAAAACAUCCCUGAACAGCCAGUGGAAAUCACAAAGCCAAAGAGAAUCCGUCCCUCUUUCAAGGAAGCAGCUUUAAAAGCCUAUAAGAAGCAAAUGGCAGAAUUGGAAGAGAAGAUCCUGGCUGGAGAUAGCAGUUCUAUGGAUGAAAAGGCUCGGAUAGUAAGUGGCAGUGAUUUGGAUGCUUCCAAAUUCUCUGGGCUCCAGGCGAUUGGUGGGGCUGGGCGAGGACUUUAUGGCAUUGACAGUAUGCCAGAUCUCCGCAGGAAAAAAACUUUGCCUAUUGUACGAGAUGUGGCCAUGACUCUGGCUGCCCGGAAAUCUGGACUGUCCCUGGCUAUGGUGAUCAGGACGUCACUCAACAAUGAGGAACUGAAAAUACAUGUCUUCAAAAAGACCUUGCAGGCACUGAUCUACCCCAUGUCCUCCACCACCCCCCACAAUUUUGAAGUCUGGACGGCAACAACACCCACCUACUGUUACGAGUGUGAAGGGCUCCUGUGGGGCAUUGCUCGGCAAGGCAUGAAGUGUUUGGAGUGCGGAGUGAAGUGCCAUGAGAAGUGUCAGGACCUCCUAAAUGCUGACUGUUUGCAGAGAGCAGCAGAAAAGAGUUCUAAGCAUGGUGCCGAAGACAAGACUCAGACCAUCAUUACAGCUAUGAAAGAAAGAAUGAAGAUUAGGGAGAAAAACAGGCCAGAGGUGUUUGAAGUAAUUCAGGAGAUGUUUCAGAUUUCUAAAGAAGAUUUUGUGAGGUACACAAAAGCGGCCAAGCAGAGUGUCCUAGAUGGGACAUCUAAGUGGUCAGCAAAAAUAACCAUUACAGUGGUUUCAGCACAAGGCUUACAGGCAAAAGACAAAACAGGGUCAAGUGACCCGUAUGUUACUGUUCAAGUGGGAAAGAACAAAAGAAGAACUAAAACCAUUUUUGGAAACUUGAAUCCAGUAUGGGAUGAGAAGUUUUAUUUUGAGUGUCAUAACUCCACAGACCGAAUUAAAGUCAGAGUGUGGGAUGAAGAUGAUGACAUUAAAUCCAGAGUCAAGCAACAUUUCAAAAAGGAGUCAGAUGACUUUUUGGGACAAACAAUUGUAGAAGUGAGAACCCUGAGUGGAGAGAUGGAUGUCUGGUACAACUUAGAGAAACGGACAGAUAAGUCAGCUGUGUCUGGGGCCAUUCGAUUGAAAAUUAAUGUGGAAAUAAAAGGAGAGGAGAAGGUUGCCCCAUAUCAUAUACAGUAUACAUGUUUACAUGAGAAUCUGUUCCAUUACUUGACUGAAGUGAAGUCUAAUGGUGGAGUGAAAAUCCCAGAGGUCAAAGGGGAGGAAGCCUGGAAGGUUUUCUUUGAUGAUGCUUCCCAAGAAAUAGUCGAUGAAUUUGCCAUGCGUUAUGGGAUUGAAUCCAUUUAUCAAGCUAUGACGCACUUUUCAUGUCUGUCUUCUAAAUACAUGUGCCCUGGUGUCCCUGCUGUCAUGAGCACCUUGUUGGCGAAUAUAAAUGCUUUCUAUGCUCACACAACAGUUUCAACAAAUGUACAGGUUUCUGCUUCAGAUCGAUUUGCUGCUACCAACUUUGGUAGGGAAAAAUUCAUAAAACUACUGGACCAAUUGCAUAACUCUUUAAGGAUUGACCUGUCAAAGUAUAGGGAAAACUUUCCUGCCAGCAACGCUGAACGGCUGCAAGACCUGAAAUCAACUGUUGACCUGCUAACAAGUAUCACCUUUUUUAGGAUGAAGGUUCUGGAACUGCAAAGCCCCCCAAAGGCCAGCAUGGUGGUGAAGGACUGUGUUAGAGCGUGCCUGGAUUCUACGUACAAAUAUAUUUUUGACAAUUGCCACGAACUCUAUUCUCAGCUAAUAGACCCGAGUAAGAAACAGGACAUUCCUCGUGAAGAUCAGGGACCGACAACUAAGAAUUUGGAUUUUUGGCCCCAGAUUAUUACACUGAUGGUUACUAUUAUUGAUGAGGAUAAAACUGCCUACACGCCUGUCCUGAAUCAGUUUCCUCAAGAACUGAACAUGGGAAAAAUAAGUGCUGAAAUUAUGUGGACCCUUUUUGCUCAAGAUAUGAAAUAUGCACUAGAAGAACAUGAGAAGCAGCGGUUAUGCAAGAGCACCGAUUAUAUGAAUUUGCAUUUCAAAGUGAAAUGGUUUUAUAAUGAGUAUGUGCGAGAACUUCCUGCCUUCAAGGAUGCCGUUCCUGAAUACUCCUUGUGGUUUGAGCCUUUUGUCAUGCAGUGGCUGGAUGAAAAUGAAGAUGUAUCAAUGGAGUUCCUUCAUGGAGCGCUAGGAAGAGACAAAAAAGAUGGAUUCCCGCAGACAUCUGAUCAUGCCCUCUUCUCUUGUUCUGUGGUUGAUGUCUUCGCUCAGCUUAAUCAGAGCUUUGAGAUUAUUAAGAAACUGGAAUGCCCUAAUCCUGAAGCAUUAUCUCAUUUAAUGAGAAGAUUUGCAAAGACCAUCAAUAAAGUACUGCUUCAGUAUGCUGCAAUUGUAUCAAGUGACUUCAGUUCAUACUGUGAUAAGGAAAAUGUGCCUUGUAUAUUGAUGAACAAUAUUCAGCAACUACGGGUCCAGCUGGAAAAAAUGUUUGAAUCCAUGGGAGGGAAAGAGCUAGAUCCUGAAGCUAGUACUAUUCUAAAGGAACUUCAAGUUAAACUCAACGGGGCUCUGGAUGAGCUCAGCAUCACUUAUGGUGAAAGUUUCCAGCAUAUCAUUGAAGAGUGUAUAAAACAGAUGAGUUUUGAACUAAACCAGAUGAGAACAAAUGGAAAUACUGCAUCUAACAAGAACAGUUCAGCAAUGGAUGCGGAGAUUGUAUUAAGACCCCUCAUGGACUUCUUGGACAAAACCUUCAUACGACUUUGGUUUGAAAAGAUGCUUAAUAAUGAUAUCGAUCUUCUUAAAUUUAUUGAGACUUGUUUUGUGGCCUACCGUGUGAUCUAUCUGCCCUGGAGAAUAGUCCAUGUGCACUUGAAAAAAAAUGGACCUCAGAUGAUUUUCAUCGCAGCUAAAGAUCUUGGACAAUUAUCCAAACUGAAGGAGCACAUGAUUCGAGAGGAUGCCAAGGGUCUGACUCCAAGACAGUGCGCUGUAAUGGAGGUGGUCUUGGCUACCAUCAAGCAAUACUUUCAUGCAGGAGGAAAUGGCCUGAAAAAGAAUUUCUUGGAGAAAAGCCCAGAUCUUCAGUCUCUGAGAUAUGCUCUCAGUCUUUAUACCCAAACUACUGAUGCCUUGAUAAAGAAAUUCAUAGACACUCAGACCUCACAGAGUCGCCCCUCCAAAGAUUCAGUGGGUCAGAUAUCUGUUCAUGUGGACAUCACUGCUACCCCGGGAACUGGAGAGCAUAAAGUCACUGUAAAAGUGAUUGCUAUUAAUGACCUAAACUGGCAGACCACUGCAAUGUUCCGGCCCUUUGUGGAAGUUUGUAUUCUGGGACCUAACCUAGGAGACAAAAAGAGAAAACAAGGCACGAAGACAAAAAGCAACACAUGGUCACCAAAGUACAAUGAAACAUUUCAAUUCAUUCUGGGUAAUGAAAACCGGCCAGGGGCCUAUGAACUUCAUCUCUCAGUUAAAGAUUACUGCUUUGCCAGAGAAGAUCGAAUUAUUGGAAUGACGGUAAUUCAACUACAGAACAUAGCAGAAAAGGGAAGCUAUGGGUCAUGGUAUCCCCUUCUGAAAAAUGUCUCCAUGGAUGAAACUGGUUUGACUAUCCUUAGAAUACUCUCUCAGAGGACCAGCGAUGACGUGGCUAAAGAAUUUGUAAGACUGAAAUCUGAAACGAGAUCUGCUGAAGAGAGCGCUUGAAACAAAUACUGCAAGAUAUCAUCUUUGAGAAUCCAUAACUCUCACUGACUGCUGCAUGCAUGUGCAAAUACAUGGGAAUGUUUAGUUCACUACGUUUCAGUGUUUGCCAGUACUCAAGUACAAUGUCUACAAAGUAUGUGGAAAACCUGCUGAACUUUUAUACCAAUUCUGGUCUUUGGGAAAUAAAUGUUCCAUGAAGUGCCAAAAUCAUGAUGUAAAGUGAAAUAUCCAGAAUAUCUUUUAAAAUGUUUCAUUUCAUUACCAACUUCUCAUCCU